GGAAUGGCAUUCGGUGGAUUAUUGGAUGGAUUUCUACAAGAAAAAUCACAUGCACACGUAGCGGGUGGUGGACGAAAAGCGUCAGCUUUCAGUCAACCAAUGAGAAAAGAUACUCUCUCAAUGUAUCAAAAUCGUGAAGUAAUCUCGAACGGUCGAAAAACGAGCACAAUGUCGAUGGUAAAUCAUAAAAUGAGCACAAUAUCAGCAGUUUCAGUCGACUUGUAUCCAAAGUACUCAUGGCAUGGAUCUGCAACACGUUAG